UUUGCAAAUGAGUUCUGAUGGCGAGUAUUUGAGUGAGGGGGAAAUCUUCACAGAUGAUGACGAGGACGAUCAAUUGAGUUCUCCGUCUCCACCGCAGUCGACUAAAAUCGAGAUAUCUCCUUCUAAAACAAACUCAACUAAUCAGCCUCAGUCUAAAUUUCAACCUAACGUAUUGAAACUUAUUCAAUCGCACAUAACACCUAGUGCAAAUGUAAAAUCAAGCUCAGAUUCACGAAGUCACAAUACAGUUCAAAAUAUAUCUGCAAGUAUUUCAAAAAAUUCAGGAACUGGAAACGCCCCAAUUGUCGAAGGAAAAGAAGCCCUAGGCGAAAAUAAGUUAGACGAUGCUACUCAGAAAAUAAAGACGACUGAUGAACCGAUUGACCAAAUUGUGAGAACAGAAAAAUCGAAAACUGCCGAAAAUAAUGAUAAUGAUGAUGAUGAUGAAGAAGACGAUGACGAGCAAUCAAUUGACGACGAAAACGGCGACCAAUCAGAUAUAACUGAGGUCGGAGACUGCGACGAGUAUGAAGAUCCGAACGAAGCAGGCAGAAAAGUUGGACAGAGUGAGAGUAAAGAACAGGAUGAGGAAAAUGUUAAGUCGAGCACUGAAAGUGGAGUCAAUGGCAGUAAAGUUUAUGGGAAAAGCGGCGUAGUUGUUAAAUGUCCAUUUGCAAAUUCAGGGCAACAAGACAAUAAUCAAGACAUCAUCAGACAAGGAGCGCAAAACAGUAGAAAAAGAGGCCAAGAAGAAGCAAACGAAUCAUCUUCGAAGCCAACAUAUGAGAGCACUCCACUAGCAAAGAAAGCUCAUAUAGAAGAGUCAUCUGUCAGUUUAACAAACGAAACGAAUGGCUCGAAUGAAACAAAAGACUCGCCGGAGAUAAUUUCAGAUGCGACUCCUAACAAAUCGCCCGUAAAACGACGAAAACCCACAAAAUCAAUCAGGAAUACGGGCAACUAUCUAUGCACAGCCUUGGAUCUCCCCAGAUCAAGCCAGCCCCUUCCGUUUGGCUGGAAACCCAUCAUACACGAUACAGGGAUCCCAAUGUACUUUCACGUAAAGACUCGUGUAAUGACGUUCUCGCGACCUUUCCUGCCUGAAAAUGGCAAAUGUGUGAGAAAUUGCGAGCCUCCGAUUAGCAGCAUUCCUUGCUUGGAGUACGAGUAUUUUCUGAAAAGCAAAAAUAGUUUGACGGAAGAAGCCUCGAAAGUUGACAUUGGUUCUGAGGACUACCAAGCGACACACGAUGGUCCACAAGGAAAUAAUCAUGGCCAACCUGAAAACUCGACUCCUGGAACCGAAGAUGCAGCUGAAUCUCAAACGAGUACUCAGCUUGCGUCCGAGGAUCAGUCUAUUUCACAAGAAGUAAAGACGACUAACAAUUCGUCAUCUGUCGCUGCGCAUGAAAAGAAGAAAAUAGAUGUGAUGAAAAACAUGCCGAGUAAUAUUACGAAUGAAAGUCUGGGAAGUUAUGUGGAGAAGCUGUUUGUGGUGAAAUCGAGACGACCUCUAAGUGCUCUUAGGGAGCAGAAAAGAGCAGUUUUGAAGGCCAAGGAGACUGCCAUCAAAAAAGAAGACAGAGGUGUCCCAUUGAUGAUUAAAAAUGGAGACAGGUAUGAAAACAUCCGCAUCUUAGAAGCAAAUCACACGACCAGAACUUACAUAACAGUAUUGAACGACUACGCCACGAAAGCCAUUAAAGCAACUCCAGUCUACAACUGCUCAAAUGUCAUUGUACCAUCAAGCGAAGCUACAGUAGACACUAUUGCGAAUGCGAAUAGCUCCUUAGACACGAGCUCAAUCACAACUUCAAGUGCAGUAAACUCAUCAAAUGCGGCAUCGCAUACGCAUUGUGUGAUCACGAUUUUAAAUGUGAAGUACGGAGAAGCGAUUGCGGUUGGAAAACGUCCGGCUAAAAAUCUGGCUGCGAAAGAGGCGCUUAAAGUUCUGUGUCCAGAAGUUCUCCGGGCUGAAGAGACUGAUUUGGAUUCGGAAGAUAUUCUACUGUCCAGUUUGAAUUACAAAGUAAGACUUAUCGAGGUGUUCAAGCGAUUCCUCAUUGGAGAUACGAAAGUUGUGGAAGAGUUGAAAUUAAGAGAAGCUUCGCAUUUUGCUCCUAUGCAGUUGUUAAAUCAGUUUCUAGUGCGAAACGUGGCGCCUUCCAAUAUGAAACUACACACCAAUUUCACUAAUGUGAGAGAUCCCCAAACGGGAGCAAAAAUGCACGAGUGUGAUUUGACAUUAGGACCUAAGUACAAGGCGAAAUCGAUGGGUAAAACCCAGAAUAUAGCAGCGCAGUAUGCGGCUUUGAUGUUGCUUCAAGAGCUGCACCCAAGUUUGAGUUAUUACAGUUCUCUGAUUCGUCUGUAUGGAAUUGACCCUUCGGAAGUUCAAAUGCAAAAAGAGCGUCAAAUACGUGAGGAGGUCUCCCAAAGUCAAGAUUCAGACGCCUGUGAUACAAUUCUGAAGUUGCUUCGAGAAGAAAUGAAGAAGGCUUCAGAGGUCAAAGGUCAAGAGGGCAAAAGCAAAGAAACAUUUGAUGUGUUGAAGAUUUCACCAGAGGAACCAGAGUACUUCUACACAAAACUGUGGGACUUUGGAAAAGCUUAAUGAAUUAUGUUUGUUUUGUUUAUUAAAUUAAAUUAUUCUAUAUCUUUUUCUAUGAUUUGUAGUGUUUAGUAGUCAUUUAAUAUAUGGCCUUUUUGGCUAUCUGAAUUGACGUUGUUUUCAGGAUGAUUUAAUUGUACUUAAUUUUCAACUGAUUAAAUUAUAAUGUUAUGA